CAAGUAGCAGCAUUUGUCGGUUAAAUUAUAAUAAAUUGUGGACCCACAACCCGGUGACUGUGAACUCAACUCUCAAAAGAAUUUGUGCCUGCGCUUUUUAAUAAACAUCUGUAGCGCAUUAAUUGAGCAAUCAAUUUCAAGAGCAAGUCAAUUGUAAAAAGAUAUUGUGACAAACAGUAAUCGCUAAGAUGUCUGAGAAGAACAGUGCGAAAGUAGAUCCUGUAAAAAAUAAAGAUACAGAGCAAAAAAAUGACAACGAUGCGGAUGGGAACUCAGACAGUACGGCGGAGGCGGCUGCCACGCCCACCGAAGAAGGUCCUGCCACUUUUGACAAAGCAAUUGAAGGAGCCGGCUUUGGGAUCUUCAAUCUGAUGCUGCUCAUCGUCUCCAUUCCCGCCCAGAGUGCCGCGAUCUUCGAGUCCAGUUCCAUGUCCUACAUCCUGCCAGUAGCCGAGUGCGAUCUCCACCUGACUCUGGAGGACAAGGGAGUCCUCAACGCAGUGGCCUAUGCGGGCAUGACCAUCUCGGCCAUUGCCUGGGGUUAUCUGGCCGAUACAAAGGGUCGCAAGAAGAUCCUCUACUGGGGCUAUCUGAUCGAUGCUGUCUGCGUUUUUGGCAGCGCUUUGAGUCAGAACUUCCAAAUGCUUGUGGUGUUUAAGUUUUUGGGUGGAUUGGUUGUUAAUGGCCCAGCUGCAGUGCUUUUCACCUAUUUGACGGAAAUGCAUGGACCCAAACACCGAUCUUCUGUUCUGAUGAUCGUUGGCAUGGUGACUUCGACGGCAACAGUUUCACUGCCUUUGUUGGCCUGGGGAAUUUUCCCACAAGAUUGGGACUUUCAGAUUUGGGGAUUGAACAUCCACAGCUGGCAAAUUUUCCUGUUCGUGCUGGGCAUCCCCAGUUUGGUCAGUGGUCUGAUUUUCUGUUUUAUGCCGGAAAGUCCGCGGUUUUUGAUGGCCCAAGGCCGAAAUGAGGAAGCUCUGAAGGCUUUCAAGCAGAUUUACCAUGUGAACACCCGCAAGCCCAAGGAUACUUAUCCAAUUAAGGCCCUCAUUCAGGAGGCACCCAAUCGCAGGGCUGAGAAGGACGAGGUCAUCUACACCAUCGAGGAGAAAUCCGGGGAGGUGCCAACGAAGCGGCAGUCUCGAACUUUGGCCGAGAGCCUCCGAGCGGGAUUGCAGCAAAUGAAACCCCUGGCCAGGAAGCCCCUCCUGGGAUUGGCCCUCUGCUGCUACGUGAUGCAGUUCGGCAUCUUUCUGGGCAUGAACACCAUCCGGUUGUGGCUGCCCCAGCUCUUCGCCUCCAUGGCCGAGUUUGAGGCCGUCCACGAGGGAGAUGGAGUGGAUGCCAGCAUGUGCACCAUCCUCGAAUUCAGUGUUAAUCGCACGGCGGAAACUGCCUUGAAUUACGCCGACGCCUGUUCUGUGCCCAAGGUAAUCUCAAUGGAUAUGUACAUCAACAACAUUAUAGUUUCUGCCACUGGAUUUGUGGGCUACUUCUUUGCGGGUGCAAUUAUCCGUGUCUUGGGUCCCAAGCGAAUGAUGACUAUUGGACUCUUUCUGUCGGGAACCUUUGGCCUUAUGCUCUACUUUUCCGUGAGCAGUCUAAUGACACUAAUUGUGUCUGCAACCUUCUUGACAAUUACCGGAAUUGCUGUCUCCUCACUUCUGGGUGCUGUGGUUGCACUCUUUCCCACUCAAUUAAGAACCGUUGUGGUUGCAAUUGCCAUGAUGUGCGGACGCUUUGGCGCUCUGUCAGGAAAUUUACUCUUCCCCGUUUUCGUGCAAAUUGGUUGUCUGCCUCCAUUUAUAAUGGUCUCCUCGGUGCUGAUAUUGUCGGGAGUCCUGUCUUUAUUCCUACCCAAUCCCGCAAAGGCCACCUUUUCCUAAAAUAACUUUAAUGAAAAAGUUCCUUUGAAGGAAUUUUGUGUGACUUUGGCUUCAUCCAAACCUGUUGCCCACUUAUCAAAACCAGAUCUUGCGACAUUAGCCUAACUUUUGCUUAGUUGUACAAAUUAGCGAUAACUAAUUAACUGGAUUAGCGGAGAUAGAAGCUCAACAACUAUUUAUAUUUACCCUAAGUAAUCAUGCCAAAUAUAUACUUAUUGUUGUACGAAUUA